CAGAAAACGAACGAACCCCACUAUGGAAUAGGAAUACUUCCGGACAACACGAGGGGGAAGACAACCUCUCUGUCACCUUUCUUCUUUAUUCCCUUUUCCCCCCGUCUGACACAUUUUUCCCUCCGUCUCUCUCUCUUUCGCACCCUCUCCCGCUUCGUCUCCCUCGAUGUCUCUCAACAGUUUCUGAAAGGGAUUGGAGGAAAGAAAGAAAGAAAAGAAACAUGUGGAUUACAUUUUUUGCUUGGCACUUUCUCGGGGUGUUUUCCGCCCUAUGGGGGCUGGCGACGGGGGCUUUCCCCAGCUCAGUGCAGAUAGGCGGGUUGUUCAUUAGGAAUACUGAUCAGGAGUAUACAGCGUUCCGACUUGCUAUCUUCCUUCACAACACCAGCCCGAACGCUACGGAAGCGCCCUUUAACCUGGUCCCGCAUGUCGACAACAUAGAGACCGCCAACAGCUUCGCCGUCACCAACGCAUUCUGUUCCCAGUAUUCAAGGGGGGUGUUUGCCAUCUUCGGCCUUUACGACAAGCGCUCGGUGAACACUCUGACGUCGUUCUGUGGGGCCCUGCACAUCAGCCUGGUGACACCCAGCUUCCCCACCGAAGGAGAGGCCCAGUUCACCCUGCAGCUCCGGCCGUCCAUCAGAGGGGCUUUGCUCUCACUGCUGGACCACUACGACUGGAACCGCUUUGUCUUCCUCUACGACACAGACAGAGGUUAUGCAAUACUGCAGGCAAUUAUGGAGAGAGCAGGGCAGAACGGAUGGCAGGUGAGCGCAAUCUGCGUGGAGAGUUUCAAUGAGGCAGCGUAUCGCCGGCUCCUCGAGGACCUGGAUCGACGUCAAGAGAGAAAAUACGUCAUCGAUCUGGAGCCUGAGAGACUCCAGAACAUCCUAGAACAGGCUGUCAGCGUGGGGAAACAUGUGAAAGGUUACCAUUACAUCGUAGCAAACCUGGGCUUUAAGGACAUAUCUCUGGAGAGGUUCAUGCAUGGCGGGGCGAACGUGACUGGUUUCCAGCUGGUGGACUUUGGCAGGCCUAUGGUCAUUAAAUUGAUGCAGCGCUGGAACAAACUGGAUCAGAGGGAGUACCCUGGAUCUGACAGCCCACCUAAGUAUACCUCGUCUCUAACGUACGAUGGCGUUCUUGUGAUGGCCGAGGCCUUCCGCACCCUGCGCCGUCAGAAAAUUGAUAUCAGUCGCCGUGGCAAUGCCGGUGACUGCCUGGCCAAUCCAGCUGCUCCAUGGAACCAAGGAAUAGAUAUGGAGCGAGCUCUCAAACAGGUGCGCAUUCAGGGCCUGACAGGGAACAUUCAGUUCGAUCACUAUGGCCGGAGGGUGAACUACACCAUGGACGUGUUUGAAUUAAAGAGCAACGGACCUCGCAAGAUCGGCUACUGGAACGACAUAGACAAACUUGUGUUGGUCCAGAGUGAAAACACCUUGUCCAAUGACAGCUCAGCGAUGGUGAACCGCACCCUGGUCGUUUCCACAAUCAUGCCUCUGAUGAUGAGGAAGCCUCUGCUGCGACACUGACGCCGGGGUCUGCAGACAGAGCAGAGCAACAGACUGAAAGGCAGACUCACCUGAGUCGUAAACCCUCGGGAAAGACAGAGGACAGACAGUGAUAGGCUGAUUGUCUCUCAAGCGCAGAACAAGGACACUCUGUGCUCUGUGUCUGUUUUCUUUUUCUUUCUCUCAUAACUGCAUUUCGUUUUUUCUUGAUGUAUAUUUUAUUCUGUUUAGAAGUGGUUUGCCAUGUAUUAA